AUCUUUAAAAAAAAAAUUUAUUUUGGGGAGCAUGGGGAGGAAUAUUUGGUUGUAUAUAAUGUGGAGAAAAAAGUGACAGGAGGAUUAGGAGAAUUCUUGACAAGUUUACUUUCCCAAAUGAAACUUAAGAGAAAUUUGUUUUACUCAUUCUAACCUUUCUGAGUUUUCAGUGUGUUACUGAUUUGAAUGAACACGACUUGAAUUAAGAAAUUUGAAUUUUAAAAAAAUUUACCCAAUCAGACCGUCUUUCUUAAGAUCCAUUAUUAAUCUGCAGCAUUGGCUCUUAAACCUCAGUGUCAACAGAAUCACUUGGAGGUCCCUCUAAAACAAGACUGCUCAGUCCUAUUCCUAGAGCUCCUGAUUCUUACGUCCGGGGUAGCUUGAGAAUUUGCAUUUCUGACCAGGGACCACACUUUGAGAACUGCUCUUCAGUUUUUCUCCUGCUCCCUGCCUGGAUGAUUCACAUCUAAGGAAACGAGGCACCACCCUGCUUCCUGUGGAAUGAACUUUGGAAUAGUAUUUGUCCACAUAGGAGCCAGACUUUCAUUUAGGGUUGAAUAUCCAGAUUUGAAAUAAACUAAUUUUUUUUUCCCAUUGUAGGUGCUCAGUAAGUGUUUGUGGAAGGAACAAAAGCAUAAAUGACAGUGGAAACUGUGAAAUGUGUAACUUUGGAGGCAGCUAUUUUGCUUGUGUAAAAGCACAGUUGAUAAUCUGGAGUUAACUCUCUUGGACCAUUUGGCCCUUUGACCCCCCCCCCCCCUUUACUUGGUUUACUUUCCUUAAUGGAUAUUUUUUCACUUAAAACUUACUUCCCUGGCUUUGGUUGAGGAACUUUAAAAAAAAAAAAUCAUUUUUGAAUUAUUUUUAUUAUUUCCAAGUUUCCUUACAUUUUUACCAAUUUGAUAGUUUGUUUUUCAAGCAAUGAGCACAUCUUCAAAGUACCCCCUACUCUAGUACCCUACCAAAAUGAGUCAGGCUGAGGUAGAAGAGCUCUUCCCCAUUCCCAUAUCUUUGGGUACAAAAAUGGGCAUGAACAUCACUGAAUUUGGAGCCUGUAUUAAAAGUUUUUAGUGACUUAGGAAUAAAAAAGCAUAAAGGGGUAGAAAAGAGUUUUUAGUGACUAAAGUUCAUGGUGUAUUUUCAGAGUCAGAAGGCAUCUUACCAUUCUAUAUCCCUCAUUUGCAGAUGGGGAAAUCGAGGCCCAAAGAGGGGAAGGGAUAGGUCCAGAGCAAAACCGGGGGAGCCAGAGCCAAGACAAGAAUUGACCUGGUUCCUGCUCUGUGCUUUUUGGAUCAUUUUCUCUUUGAGCUGUCUCUAGAGAUUAGCUUUAGAGGUUAAAACCAUAAUUGGUGUAUGAAAAAUAAAAAAGUUAAAUAAGAUGACCGUGAUCAUGAUAGUUGGGACAAUCCCAGGAGAAGUGUUAAAGUUUUUAAAAGUCAACUAAAAUUCUUAUGCUCACUUUACACCAAAUAAAUAAGCAAUAAUGUAGGUGGCCACUAACACUAUUAGUGGUAAGGUGGCCCAAGUUAAUACUGAACUGCCACUGUUUAACUGGAAGAAAAAAUAGGCAACAUAAUAAAUUAUCCAGGGAGAUCGUGAAAUGUCCUUUAUUGAAGAUAGACUCUGUGUAGAUAUCCAUCCAUGGUUUGGAAGGAAGCUUUCUCUCUUGCCAUACUUUUGGAGUGAGAACAGAUGACCCACUAACUCAGGGCUGCAUGCAUGGCUUUGGCAACAAUUGAAAGUAAUGAUAAUACGGACUUUUUAAAAGGAAAGAUUUUUAAAAGCAGACCGAUGAACAGUGUUUAUGCAAGAAACACCUGGCUAAUGGUUUGGGUGAAGCUACUGGUGUUUACUGAGUUUUUUCUUAAGAGCUGUGAGGUGUACUCAUUUGAGGCAUCAUAAUUCUGGCUCCAGGUUUUAUCCACUGAUGUAGGUUUAGCAGUUCUGUGAAAAGAGAACAGGAUAGUCGUAACACUGCUUUCUGAAUUUCCAAGAGUGCUAUGAUUUCUUGGUGGACAUGGCUCAUUCGCUGAGUCAGUUUGUCUUGAAGUGGCCUCAUGAUUAGAUAGGUAUGCUUUUGACACAUCUUGAGGCAGCUCAAGUGUGUGACCUAGUGGAUUGGUCACUCAACUAGUGACCUAGUUGGAUUGAUAGUAAUCCAAGUAUGACUAGUUUCUGAAACUGUGGCUUCAUUUCUACGGGCAGCAGUGCAAGAACACUCAAGAGUUGGCAUUCCGUCUGAGCCAUGUGUGCCUUGUCAAGUGGGUGCAGGCUCACUUUCUGUCUAGCCUCAGCCCCAUACUUGCUCUUCCUUGGGUGCAUCAUUAGGGCUUUUGUUUCUUUCCUUGUGGUUUCAGGUUGCCUGUGUUGAGAUGUGUUUAUAAAUUAUGUCAAGAAGGAAAAAAAACCCCACUGUUAGAAGCAGCAUGGUGGGAUGGGGCAGCACACUGGAGGUUCCAGAGCUCCUAAAUCUCUGAUCCAAGAAGCUAACUUAGGAAAUCUAUGCAAACUACUAUCUGUGAGGUCAUUAAAAACAAAACAAAAAAAAGCCCCCCCUCCCCAAAAAGUCUUUUCAGAAUAUUCCAUAAAGAUGUACUCCGGGAGAAAAGUCAAGUCCUUGGUGACUUAGGUCUCUGCAUAUUGGUGUAAGGAACAUGCAGUGAUCCUGAUGAGUCGUGGAGAUCGGGCACUCUGCCGCAGGAUUCUGUUUUGACGUACAUGUGAAGAUUUCUUGGCAGCUUAGUGUGGAAACCAUUGAUCACCUUGCCCUCAUUUCUGCCUGUUCUGUGUCAGCAAGAGAGAGUGCCCAAAUGAGCAAGAUAGCCCAGCAGAACAGUACUCCGGGAAUAAGUGUUAUUCAUACUCAGGCUCAUGCCGGCGGCUUACAGCAGGUUCCUCAGCUGGUGCCUGCUGGCCCGGGGGGAGGAGGCAAAGCCGUGCCCCCAAGCAAGCAAAGCAAAAAGAGUUCGCCCAUGGAUCGCAACAGUGAUGAGUAUCGUCAGCGCAGAGAGAGGAACAACAUGGCUGUGAAAAAGAGCCGGUUGAAAAGCAAGCAGAAAGCACAGGAUACACUGCAGAGAGUGAAUCAGCUCAAAGAAGAGAAUGAACGUUUGGAAGCAAAAAUUAAAUUGCUGACUAAGGAAUUAAGUGUAUUGAAAGAUUUGUUUCUUGAGCACGCACACAACCUUGCAGAUAACGUGCAACCCACUAGCACUGAAAAUACAACUUCUGAUAAUGCAGGACAGUAGACCUCACCCCUUCCAAACUUCACAACUUGUGGCUUGAACGUUAAAGGUGUGACUACCUACAUCACUCAUAUCAAUGGCCGAACAUUGUCUUGUUCCAUUAUUCAAAGACCCACUGAAGGUUGUUUUCUGGGAUCAGCACUGAAGAGUUGAUUAGCUAAAAAUGUUAGCCAUGUAAUUUGAAUAUCUAGUUUUAAAUGAUAUGGAUUUUUUUGUGGGGAUAAAACCAAUUUUUAAGGUAUAUGGUAAAAAAAAAAAAAAAAAAGCCCUGGACCUUGAUAUUCUUAAUAAAUCCUCACUUCCCAAGAAAUGCUUCUUUUGUAGGUUGAUCAAAGGAAUGGGGAACUGGCAGGUCCUGCAGAAGGGUCUUGGUUUUAUUGGAGAUGAUUAAUUAGACUAAGAGAAGUUGAAUGCCAUCUGUGUUAAUCUAUUUGUGUUUUUUUUCUAAAUUAUGUAUUAAAAAUCCUUAGGGCUAUAGAAAUCAAUCACUUUGUAAUUUGGAGUGAUUUUAUGUAUAACAUAAACCUGUUUUAGCCUAAUUAGUACUGUUUUCCCCCAACAAGUAUAAGUUUUUGAGUAGCGGUGCCAGGUUAAGUAAAUUCCAUUACGUUUUAAAGGCAGUAUAUACAGCCAGUGGCUUAAAAAUACUAAUGAUUAGGAGACAAAUAGGUUUCUUAAAAAUAAAAGUAAAGCAUAUUAGAAUUAUGCUUUCGGGAUACCUUUGGGUUAUUGGAUUGGCAUUAUUUUGUUUUCUAACAACAAAAAACCCCCAGGAGUUUAGAGAAACUUGUAUCUGUAAACUACAGUUUUUGUUUCUGUAGAUGCUGGUCAAGUUAAGUAAAUAUUUUUUGUUUCUGUAGAUGCUGGUCAAGUAAGUAAAUAUUUUUAAAAUACCAUUUUGACAGCCAAGUUAGUAGACAAAUGCCUUAACAGUUUACUGAUUGGGAUUGAGGUAGCUUCUCCUGUGUCCAAGUAUCUUCAAUGGGGCCAUGAUUAUUAAAGGCAAAAAUUUCUUGUGAAGGAUCAUUUGGCAUUUGAUCUUAACCAAGUCAUUAUUAGAAAAAUACGUCAUCAACUCUAUGCCAUCUCCCAAAAUAAUAGUCUAAGAAAACUUGAAAGUGUAAGGUUUAACCUUUAAUUUAUUUCACUUAAAUACAUCUUUUUAUAUUGUUUUUGUGACAUUUCUUUUUCUAGUUAGUGGGCUCUUCUAGACUUUUGUACCACUGCUUCUGUUUGUUCAUUUGUAUGCUUUUGUGUCCCAUAAAUUAUUUUAGAAAGAAAAUACUGAUAAAACUCAGGAUAUUGACAUUUUUGUUGAGACUAAAAAAUGGCAGUCGCUAAAGUCGGGGAUCGCUAGGGUCUGGUUUAUAUCAGUGUUUGUGGUUUUGAUUGUCCUUGUUGAUUUUUUUUUUUAGCACAAUCCUAGCUCAGAUUUGUUGGCUUUUGUAUAUUUCUGUGUGUGUAUGUGUGUGUGUGUGUGUGUCUAGGCUGGUGACAAGAGACUGAGUCACAUCUGAUUAAGAAGUUUGUGUUACCAGGUAUCUUAUUUGAACAUGGUCACUUAAAUUUUUGGCCAUAUUGUUUCUUACUAGGACCUGGAACAGUGUAACCAGGAUGUGACUCAAGUUGCACCCUUGGGUUGGUACAAAAGUGUGGUCUGUGCUCUUCUGGGCAGGUGAAAAUACCACCGUGACCUGCAACUCAGCAAAGCCAUUAUUAAGGCCAUGAGCCUCUUCCACAUGUGACUGGAACCCAGUGUUGCUCCAUGAGAGCCACUGUCCCAGGAGGGUUAGCUCCCCGGAGAGCCAGGAGACAGGAUCGAGGUUUCUCUUAGGGUCUGACAUCGGUUUACUUUGGCUGCAGUAUCAGUCUACUUCUAGGUUGAUAGAUGUUUUGACUGACUAGGAGGUAACCCGCAGAAUCCUACUGAAUCUUUAAUAGCUGAUUGAUGUUAUAUAAUUAACCUAUUUAGAGGUACAGUUAGGUCACUUGAAUCGUUAAGCGCCUGUAAAGGUGUUACAGACAUUGUAAUCUCUUGUUUACUAAAAAAAAAAAGUCUUUCAGAAAUUGAUGUCCCUAUGGAAUUUAUGGUUACCAUUUAUAUGAACUGACUUAACUGUCUUGGAGAAGAAGCUUUAGGGAAAUCAUCAGGGGUGUGCACUCGAUAACUUCAAAUCCGAACAUAAGGUUGAAACUUGGAAAAAUUGAUUCAAGCUUUCCUGUUAACCUAUGCAAACCAGAACUUUAGCACAAGCCGUCAUGUAUGCGUAGAACAAAAAUGUUAACCAUUGUCUUGACUGUCUUACUGAAGUGUUUGGGAAUGAAAGUUUGCAGUUUGAUAGAUUUAUCAGUAUCAAAUUGAGGGAAACCAAGUAUGGGGAAUGGGUAAGUUUAGAGCUUUGGGAAUUGUUAAGAUGACUUUUGUAACUUCUGUUCUGUAGGUUACGUAUGCACCGUUAGGGUUUGAUCUGCCUUUGCCGGCAGGUCCAGUGGUUUAGGAAGUAGGCUUUAGUGUAAAUGUCUAGCUGCAUCUGAGUCAUCCGAGAUGGCUGCUUUGUGGAUGGGGUUGGCAGCACGUGGGGAGAUCAGAGCAGCUCUUCUACCGUCUGGCCCCUUGCGGUGACUGGAAUGUGAGCUCAGAUACUUUGGACAUUCUUGCUAAGAGGUAGUAAGAUAGUAAUAAAAUAUGACCAGAUGUUUGAAAUUUAGGUCACAAGUGUGAAAUCUGAAAUUUACAUAAAAAAGUAGUAUGUGCAAUUUAGUAUUUGGUAUUAAAAGAAAUCAGCCUUUGGUGUUUCUCAGCCCCCAUUAGAGGGCUUGAAACAUACCUGGACAACCCAGUUAGCACUCAGAGUGCUUUUUGAUGCCUUAGAAAUAGGAAGCAAUUUUUUGUUUGACAAAAGCUAGGGAGGAGAAAGUCCAUUCUGAUAGCUGUUAGAGCUGCCUCUCAGGAAAAAGUCCUUACCUUGUUCUUUUUGUUCCUGGCUUUCCUCAGUUUGUGAGAUUACUCUAUUUUUUUAAAUAUAAUUUUAUUUCUUUCAAUGAAUUUGAAAUAAAAAACUUUGGAAUAAUGA